GAGGGAGGGGCGGGGCUGGUGCGCAUAUAAAGGGCGCUGCGGGGUCGGUGCGCGGUUGCUGACGCCACGGGCGGCUGGAGAGGUCGGUGCCCGCGCCUCCGCCUCGCGCAGAUACGUGGUGAGGUCGCAGCUAUUGAAAUAUGGCAUUCAAGAUGAUGUGGUGUACAGUAGCCCUUGGACUUCUGCUGCCUUUCUCUUAUGCCCAUACGGACUUCUUCACUUCCAUUGGUCAUAUGACGGACUUGAUUAAUACAGAAAAAGAUCUGGUGGUGUCACUGAAAGAUUAUAUCAAGGCAGAAGAAAGCAAGCUGGAACAGAUAAAAAAAUGGGCAGAGAAACUGGAUCAGCUGACCGAUACUGCCACAAAAGACCCAGAGGGUUUUCUGGGACAUCCUGUGAAUGCAUUUAAGUUGAUGAAACGGCUUAACACAGAGUGGGGCGAGCUGGAGAGCCUGGUUCUGAAGGAUAUGUCAGAUGGCUUUAUCUCCAACAUGACCAUCCAGCGGCAGUUUUUCCCAAAUGAUGAAGAUCAGACUGGUGCAGCAAAAGCCCUCUUGCGGCUUCAAGACACAUAUAAUUUGGAUACAGACACCCUCUCAAGAGGCAAUCUUCCAGGUGUGAAGCACAAAUCCUUUCUAACAGCUGAAGAUUGCUUUGAGCUGGGAAAGAUUGCGUACACUGAAGCUGACUACUACCACACUGAGCUCUGGAUGGAGCAAGCUCUGAAACAGCUGGAUGAAGGAGAAGUGUCUUCUGCAGAUAAAGUCUACAUUCUGGACUACCUGAGCUAUGCUGUGUAUCAGCAGGGGGACCUGCGGAAGGCCAUGAUGCUCACCAAACGCCUUCUCGAGCUAGAUCCUGAACAUCAGAGAGCAAAUGGGAAUAUGAAAUAUUUUGAAUAUAUAAUGGCUAAAGAAAAAGAAGCAAAUAAGUCCAGUACGGAUUCAGAAGACCAUUUGGAGAAGGAAACUGAGUUUAAGAAAAAGGAUUACCUGCCUGAGAGAAGGAAGUACGAAAUGCUGUGCCGUGGGGAGGGUCUCAAAAUGACUCCUCGGAGACAAAAAAGACUCUUCUGCCGCUACUACGAUGGAAACCGAAAUCCUCGGUACAUUCUGGGCCCUGUCAAACAGGAAGAUGAGUGGGACAAACCUCGCAUUGUUCGCUUCCUUGACAUCAUCUCUGAUGAAGAGAUUGAAACUGUGAAAGAACUAGCAAAGCCGAGGCUGAGCCGUGCUACUGUUCAUGACCCUGAGACUGGGAAACUGACCACAGCACAUUACAGAGUCUCUAAGAGUGCUUGGUUGUCUGGAUAUGAAAGCCCUGUGGUGUCUCGCAUUAACACCAGGAUACAGGACCUAACAGGACUUGAUGUCUCCACAGCAGAGGAACUACAGGUGGCAAAUUAUGGAGUGGGAGGACAGUAUGAACCCCACUUUGACUUUGCACGGAAAGAUGAGCCAGAUGCUUUUAAGGAAUUGGGAACAGGCAACCGAAUUGCUACCUGGUUGUUUUAUAUGAGCGACGUGUCGGCUGGGGGAGCCACUGUCUUCCCUGAGGUGGGAGCCAGCGUUUGGCCUAGAAAGGGAACAGCUGUAUUCUGGUACAAUCUCUUUCCAAGUGGAGAAGGAGAUUACAGCACACGGCAUGCGGCCUGCCCAGUACUAGUUGGAAACAAGUGGGUAUCCAAUAAAUGGCUUCACGAGCGGGGACAGGAAUUCCGAAGGCCAUGCACUUUAUCAGAGUUGGAGUGAUGUGGACUCUCGUCCCUUGUCUCUUCUAUAUUCAGUUUGAGUAUAAUGCACACAUCUCCUACAGUUUACAAUUGACUAACACUCCACUACAGGUUUAGUCUUCAGCUACACCGAUGUUUCAUCUGUGGACAAAACCAAAUGUGCUUUUAGUCCCCUCAAGAAAAAUCCCCUUAAGAUUUUAUGAACUGGAUAUGGUCUGAGUGCUACAGAAAAAAAAAUAAGGACAAAAUACAGACCAGGUCCACAACUAACAGUGGUGUUGUGUGUGGUCUUCCCUUCACCAUCACCUAUCUGAUCUACAUGGAAAGCCAGUGGUGACUGGCUUAGAGUCCUCCUCACAACUGUCAGUCUGCUAAGGGUGGGAUGGAAGGGCUCCCUUCUAAGGAAGGCUGAAUUAAACCCAUUCAUUGUCUGUCGUUUCCAGACAUUUGACUCUGCUUUUCUAGAAUGCCUGACCACUCCUGGUAAGAACUGUGGGCAUGGUUUGUGUUUCUCUGGGGAACAGGUUGUUAUCGUGGUUCAGCCUGGUUUUCCAGUUCCACAAAAGCCCCGAAUUUUAAACUGUCUUCCUUUUCAGCAUCUGUGGGGAAUCUGGCUCAGCCUUGAAUGUGUGAGCUGGCAGUUACAUAUGUGUAGAUGAAGUGGCUUCAGAUGUGUGGUAUCAGAUGUGUGCCUGCAUCAGAGCAGCCUGACAACACUUACAGCCCAUCUUCCCUCCGUGUUAAUUCUUUAAUGUUUGUCCACAUAAACAAAUGUUGCCUUUAUUCUGUCGUAGUUGUCAGCUCUUGCAUCUGUUCCUUGGGCAGUGGGGAUGGCAAUGUUACCGUCUUCAUUAAUCAAAAUUAACUGUGCCUUAGGACACUGGAAUUUCAAAUUGGUUACAAGACUUCAGGUGAUGAGAUGUACAUAGUCCUUGCAGGAUACUCUCCACCCUCAUCCUCCUGGCCUGUUUAUAAUCCUAAAUCUUUUGGAGAUGCUCUUUAUUUUGCAAGUGUUUUUUCAGCUGCAGAGUGCAGGCUGCAGCAGUGACAUGCCUUUAGUCAGGGGUGACUGUUCACACCGAAUGUCAGAGAAGAAGGUGCCUGCUGUGAUGGUUUGGUGCUGCUCACCUUGCAGAGUUACUGUGAGCGACAAAGCGCUGGGAAGGGGCCUCCUCCCAAGGCUCUGGUGCUGCUCUCUUGUAGCCAGGUCUGGAGCCGUCCUGAUUUGUGCCACGCAUACAGAAAAAGUCACUAAAGCCAGCACUGCCUUUGCUGGGUGAACUUGCUCACAG